AACUCGCUUGACAAUUAUUUCUACGAAGGUGGCGAAUCAUCUCUUUUCAACAUUUACAACCUUGCUGGUGCAAUUGAAUCCUGUCAUGACAUAAUGGCCGUAUCUAAGGUUGAUGCGGAACAAGUGAAAUGGGAUCCGAAUCCAUUUGGUUGGUCGCCUCGACCGGAAGCAGCUUUGGUACUGGGUCGCAGUCGAGCUAUUAUCUACCCUGAUCUCAUACCCGGUGUACAGCCCGAUCUAUUCGAUUGUCCUCAUCAGUUCUUCACCCCAGGAGAAGAUCUUCUGUUGGCACACGCUCUCAUACAGUUUAGACAUAUUCCGCAAUCCACGGGUCAUGAUCCAUUCGGAAGGUAA